AAUUCCACCUUUUCUUCAUACUGGAAGGAGCUCUUCAUCUAGAAAUUGAAUGUUGCAUUGAUCACUUCCCCAGCAACAGCUCUUCUUCAAGCACAACUGAGCAGGACUGACGAAGCCACUCAGACUGACUCCAGCCCCAUACGCAACGUUGCCCACAGAGAAUCAAUUGAUGAACGUGAAACUCAGAAAACUGCACCGGUGAACAAGCAAUUUCACACAUUUUGGGUCCAGUGUCCGUGCUUGUCUACGGAUAGCCAUCCUCCUCGAGCGUUCUUCUUCCACAAUAAGUGGGGUGCAACCUAGGCGACUCAAGACCGUCAUCGCGACCAAGGAAGAGAGCGGCCACUUUUUCGUGUCGUCCAGGUGCCGUUCACAAUGAUGAAGCCUGCAGCCAAGGAAAUCGUCCCGUCUCGAGGGGUGAACAACGACCAAAUGGGUAUGGAGAACACGUCUGAGAAGAAAUGCUUUGGAUUCUCCGUCGGUUCCCACUUCCCCUCUGAACCGAAGACGAGACCUGCGUGGCGGUUCCGUCAUAACUCGCGCGUAGUGCUUCUCUGCGUUGCGCUCUGUUUGACUGUUCUUUCGUCAUUCGUUUCUUACGAGUCUUCCACUUCUCGGAUGUACACAGCCCUCUCUGCAGCCGCGGCUGAUGUUGAUACCGAUAGCUUGGUUGACACGGACAGUUGGACGGAGUCAGGAGAGGAGGGCACCACAGUCGACGACGGUGCUACAGAAGCGGACGACGGCGCUGUAGAACUACAGGGCGAUGCUGCAGAAGCAGAGGGUGGUGCGAAUGAAUUGUACGGCACGGACUUCGAGAAUCAGCCUAAAAUCAUAAGACUGGCACGAACAUGGCUAAGAAAAGAUCCCCGAGUCGCCGCGCUUGUUUCAAAGGUCGAACGCUUCGGCCGUGAGCGUCCAAUGGUGCUCUCUGGAAUCGUUGCAGGCGUUGCCCUUUCUGUCAUUCUCAGUGCAGUCUUUCUCAAGUCAGGCAGAAAGCCGGGUUCACCAGCUACGCAAGGUCCAAGCUCUCGGUCUGCAGAAAGCAGUCAAUCUGCUCUAGCCUGGUUUAGGUGGGCGAGAACAACCCAUCCGCUCCUUUUAACGAUGCUCGAUCCCAUUGACAAGGCUUAAUUGCCAGGUACGGCGCAAAUGGACACGACGUUGUUGGUAUGCUUCACAAAACGUAUGCCAGGCACUGGGACUGAUGGACUGCAUGUCCAAGCGCAAAAUCAUCUUCAGAACCAAGAGGCUUUUCUAUGUGCGUGCAGGGACUCCGUAAAGGUGAUCCACUGAUGGUGAGAGCCGACACAUGUUUCCUGGAGCACUUGACAUAACUUUGACAUACUGUCGCGUGACAAAAGGCCUCUGCAGGACUCCAUGAGGUUGAACAGCUUGAGGCACAGCAUCUUAGAUCCUCGAUUCCGUGACGGAGAGGUUUCGGAUUCGUGCCUGCUACAAUAAGAAGGCGUCGCACAAUAGUGAAUCACUGCAUGAUUUAUGAGGACGCCCAGUUGUGAUAGAAAACCUGAGUUGCCUUCGUAGAGAGACCAUGUUUUCUCGUAAGUGUGUAGACCACUGAUCUAUAGUGGAUUGAUUAACAAGACGUUGCCGUAUUGUGACAAUGUCGCUGGGAUUCAUUGAUGCUGGAGCCUUCUUGCGUUGAAAACUGUGGGAACACACACACACACAGUGUGAGACUUCAGAGACUGUAGUCCACGUGGGGACCGUUUUUUUGUUACGACUUAGCCACACACAAUCAUGUCUACGAGUGCCCGACGUCUGCUAGAGUUGCGCUACUGGUGUGUGCAUCUCCGUUUUAUGGUUCGUGCUUACGACGGUGUGCAAACGUGCAAACAGUGGCUUUCUUCCACUCGUCUCAUGGCUCUUUUAGCUGUGUAGCCACCCGUUUUCGUUUUGCCUUGAAUACCCGGUGUAAGCGUCCUCGGGACAGUGUUUUCCGACUUUUCAUAUUCGGACUUUGUUUGUUUGAACAGCGGAAGCUCGUGAGCACUUUUGCAAUAUGUCAGAUUCUCUGGUAUUGUCGAUGGUCGUACUCUGUUGUUUGGGUACGGAUUAGGAACCUUCGCUUUCAGGUGGUUUCGCGAUUACGAGCGAAGGUCUGUGCUAGGGAAUGGCAUGUGGCAUGUUUCGCCACCUUUAAUGGACAUCUGGUCGUAAUCGGAGUGGAUGCGCGUCGCUUCAUGCACUGCCGCGUUUCCGGGUGAUCCUACGACUGGAAGCUGGAUAUAUGAGACCGACAUUCGCAUUGCUAAGGACUGGAACUCACCGCGAUUCUGUUCCUCGGAGUGAUACUAGCGGAGUUGGCGCUGUAGUGCGUGCUACAGAAAUUCGUGUCCGCUGUGCUGUUCUGCGAUGUGCAGGUCGUUGGUGGACUAGCAGCGGUUGCCAUUGGCGUUACGAUCGUGAGUUCGCAAGACAAGUCGUACAACCUCCCUGAGUACAUUGUUUAUCAGCAGAUGGCCGACUGGAAUAAGCUCAGAGUUAAAGGAAGCACCAGUUGAUUUCUUGGGAGUCUUUUGAGUCGGCGUACUCAGCUGCGUUUCCCACAAGGACAAGUUGCUCGCAUGUCGUGUACAUUUGCACGUUCCGGGCGAAACAGAGAACGUUCGUCCGCUGCAGCUCGUCCACCUGCCUCGCCCCUCUGUGCAAUCACUGCACAGUCCAUCAUCUUCCACGGCAUUUGCGCGUGCUUUCUACACAGUUUCAGCUCUCUCUUUUCGCCGUAGGCAACUACACUGGUUUCUGACGCAUGCUCUGUUGGAACUUCUGUCAUGCGUCCUACUGCAGUACAUGAUGACGGUAAGCGCCAAAAGCGGAAAGGCCGAUAACUGUAGACUUCAAUGGCCUAGAAAUAUAUCAGCAAUCCGAGGUCUCUGGACAUGAGAGCAGGCGCGCAAUGCGUUGGUACAGUGUCACUGGCUGAUCAGUCUCUAAGUGUGAACUUCCACUGAGAUGGUAGCGCACCUUGCUUUGACUCUCCGUCGAUCAUGCCCUUCCAGAUUCGUCUUCGAGCAUCGUGCACCAGCAGUCUGAUUUGCAGGGAGGUUCGAUUUGUAUGGUGAAAUACUUCGGGAGGAGCCUUGAUGCUCUAUUGGCGUUCUAUCGACUCAUUCAUUCCUCUCAUGGCAGUUCAAGGCUUUGGUGACCACAAGCGAAUCAGCCAGCGUCUGCAGCAAGGGCGUCGUGGCAUGUUCUACACCUGUUCCAGAUGACUGAUUUCGUAUUGCACGUACUGUAGGGAUUACGGGCACACCUCUGAAAUGUGCAGCCAACAAAACCUGAGAAUGAGAAUGUUGUCGAUGCGAAGUACCGGUGCGUAUCGUGUCAUCGGUUGAGCGUUCUGAAGCUCCCCCUAGCCACUCGGAUUCUGACGAUACGACAUAGUCCCUUGAUGAAAGUGCUCGGGUGUGGUCGGGUGCUUUUGCUCGUCGGUGUGGCGCAGUCGAUUUCUGAGAAGUCCCGGUCACUGACUACGAUGCUGCUGACGGUGCACGCAGCUGGAAGAAGCGCAGGAGCCGUGCACAUUGCUCUACAGGCUGACGGAGGUUAUGUAUUGAAGAGAGUGUUGAGUGCUUGUAGAUCGUCCUGUUAAGCGGGGACAGCCAGUGUUAAACGUGCAUGAGAGGGAGUGUCCAAAAACAUUUUUUUUUGCGCAGUCGAAGGGAGUGAGUAUUUUUGCCAGGUUUCGUGUGCAUGAUGGUACCCACGCCUGAUGAUGAGCGUGAUGAGAUGGGUUUCUGAAAUAAUAAUCGGACAUCGCUAGAAAUAACUGAGACGAGUCGCGUGCGCCACGAGCAGCAAGAGGAGGCACCCUUCUAGACGUCAGCGUCAUCCAGCUUUGUCGAUCGUCCCGUGGUAUGCCAUCAUGCGUCACGACGUUGCGUCAGUCUCCUACCCCCACAGCGAGGGAACUGUUGACAAGGGGACGAUGCAUCGUGUCAACAGAGUGGAGGACCGAGCCUAGCUCUUUGACAAUGUUUUUGUCCAUUUGAGGAUAGGCUUUACGUAGAGAAGUGCUGAUCGUGAGCGCGCCU